GCCGGAGCGGCGGGAAGCGGAGGUGACGCGCGGGCCGGCGGGCCUGGCCAUGCAGCGCUCCCGGGCAGCGGCGGCCGACCAGACGGCGCUGCUCCUGGCCGGGCUGGGCCUGCGGGAGCCGGAGGCGGGCGGCGGCGACUCCCCGGGCCGGGGGCGGCGGGGCGCGAGGCCGGGGCCGGCGGGGGACGAGGCGCCGCCGGGGCGCCGGGGGAAGGGCGGCGGCGGGGCCGGGCCGGAGCGGGGUCUCCGGGGCAGCCCGGCGGGCUCGGACGGCGACGGCAGCGCCCGCUCCAGCGGCAUCAGCCUGGGCUACGACCAGCGCCACGGCAGCCCGCGCCCCGGCCCUGGCCCCGACCCCAGGCGGCCGUCGGGGGGCAGCGCCCGCUCCAGCGCCUCCAGCCUGGGCUCCCGCGGCUCGUCCGGCGCCGACGCCCCGCCGCCGCCCCCCGCCGCCGCCCCGGCGCCCGCCCGCUCCCCCGAGCGCCCCGCCCCCGCCGCGCCGCCGCCCCCCGGCCGCCUCGGCGCCCCCCGCGCGGCCGAGCGCAGCCUGGAGGCGCUGGCCGGGGAGCUGCGGCGGACGCUCGGGGCGCGCGGGGCGCACGACUUCUACGGCAUGUGCGUCAAGUGUGGCCUGGGUGUCUAUGGAGCGAGGCAGGCGUGCCAGGCCCUUGGCAGCCUUUACCACACCGACUGCCUCAUCUGUGACUCCUGUGGGAGACGACUCCGAGGCAAGGCGUUCUACAACGUGGGCGAGAAGGUAUACUGCCAGGAGGACUUCCUGUACUCCGGGUUCCAGCAAACAGCCGACAAGUGCAGCAUGUGCGGGCACCUCAUCAUGGACAUGAUCCUGCAGGCCCUGGGCAGAUCCUACCACCCCGGCUGCUUCCGCUGCUGCGUGUGCAACGAGUGUCUAGACGGGGUGCCGUUCACUGUGGAUGUGCAGAACAAGAUCUACUGUGUCAGAGACUAUCACGCGGUAUUUGCACCAAAAUGUGCCUCGUGUGCCCACCCCAUCCUCCCUGCACAGGGCUGUGAGACCACCAUCCGGGUGGUGUCCAUGGACAAGAACUACCACGUGGAGUGUUACCACUGCCAGGACUGCAGGCUCCAGCUGAGCGGGGACGAUGGCCGGCGCUGCUACCCGCUGGAGGGCCGCCUGCUCUGUCGCCGGUGCCACCUGCGACGCCUGGGGCUGGGCCCGCCUCCCCCGGCCGCCCUGCGCACCGCCGCGCUCUGAGCGGGGCCUGGGGCCCGGCUGCCUUCCCCGGCCCAUGCGCACCGCCUGGGGCCGGGCUGCCUGUGCCCGGGCCGCCAAGCGCACCGCGGCGCUCUGGGGCCUGGGGCCUGGCCGCCGUGCGCACCCAGCCCCACCCCGCUGCUGCCCGCCCCGGGGCUGGACCCCCGAGCCGAGCUGCUUCUAUUUAUUCACCGUCUGUGCCGCUCAGCACCUCUCCCCGCUGGACACGGGCCAGCAGCCCUUCCUUCCGGGGCUCAAGCCUCAGGGACCUGACACCCCCACCCUUGACCCCCGAAAAGCCAGGAGCGGAGGGCUGGCGCCCCCCGGUGGAACACCCGCCUCGGGAGGGAGGGGACGCAAGCCGAGGCCGACCGACAGGCCUUGAGGUCCACUCCGGGUAGCUGCAAACACCCAGCUCCGAGCCCGCGGCCGAGCCCACGUCCCCUCGCCACGCGCAGGUCAGGCGACGGUGCCCAGGGCACCCCGGGGGACCCUGUGGGGUUGCCCUGGACCUGGGGGGGGUCCCCUCGUUCUCUGGACCCCGGCCUGGGGGGCCAGAUGGACAGCCGCCGUGGGGAGGAUCCACGCGGGGCCGUGCACCCGCUCGGGACACCCGAGUGCUGCAUGCAGCUGCCGGCCCCAAGGCAAAAGCCAUAGGAUUCGACUUAAAUUAAGUUUUGGGGUGUUUCUGCUGUUGGUUGUUUUGGUUUUCUUUUGGGGAUAUCUUCAUUUUACUUUAAAAGGCUCUCGUUUUACUCUAAGAACUUGGGCCCAACUGACUAAGUUCCAGCAGAUGCCACAAUACGCGUCCCAAUUUGUGUGUCAUAAACUUCAGGUGGAAAAAAAACAUUGUAGUUUUAAACUAUUUUUGUAUAAAUUCCUCUGAAAACC